UGCGCCCAUUUCGUAAGUUCUUCGAACGAUAACUUCGAUCAACGCCCUUGUACAAAUUGUUGUAGUAUAUUUGGCUUAAAACAAUUGUUUUUUCUAGUGUUCUAUAAAUAGUAUACAGUUUGUAGAUAUUGCACUUCUAGAAUUUGAUGGUUUCCUUAUAACUAAUGGACCAGUAGGCGAAAGGAAUCAAGUUUCAUUUUCUAUUUUUUUAGUGUUUUAAUGAGUGAAAAUUAAUUGAAGAUACAUGGAGCAAAACUGGUAACCUCUUGCAGUUUGAUAUUACUUCUUCUCCAAUAUGACGAGAUAUAAAGUUUUCCUUUCACCGUAAAUACAGUGAUUGUUUUUAUCUUCAAUGUGGAGCUCGUCAUUGAACGUGCGGGGCACCAAUGCUCACUCUGAAGGACAAUUGUAUGAUGGUGAUAGCAAAGAGUAAGAAGCAAAUGAACAAUACAAUUAAGGGCAUGGAUUACAAUUGGACCCCUGCUCCAGAGAGCCCAAAUAACCAAGAUGCGGGUGUUCCUAGGGCGGUCUUUAUUCCUCACUCGAAUUCCUUACCAUUUGAUGAAAGACGCGUCACAUUGGAGCAACCUGUCAAGAUUGGACGGAAUGUGUACCGCGCGUCACCGUCUCCGACGAAUACAAUAUUCGAAUGUAGGGUGCUCUCGCGGCACCAUGCUACACUGUAUUACGAUAAAGGACACUUUUACCUCGUGGACAACCAAAGCAGCAAUGGCACAUUUGUUAACAAUAAGCGGUACACAUUGACGAAGGAACCACACGAGGUGUUCUCGGGGGAUAUAGUCCAGUUCGGUAUUCCCGUUGUUGAAAAUUCCGGUAAUUCGGAAAAGAACACAUUCCCCCCUGUGGUGGCUCUCCUAAAACUUUACCACCCAGAUGGCCAAGAGGCGAAGUUAUCGUUUAAUCCCGCUAUGACAACCCCCCUACAUCUAAAGGAGUUGUAUCAACUCAAUAAUUAUGUACAGGAGGCGAUCCAGCGCGAGGCGUCGCUCGAGAGCCGGCUGCGCACGCUGCGCGAGUGCGUGGAGCGCGCGCGCGCGGAGGCGGCGGCGUCGUGGGAGCUGUUCGUGGGCGAGCAGCGCCUGCUCAUGCGCGUGCACGCCAUGGAGGCCGCGCUGGCUGCCGGCCGCGCGCCCGACGACCAGCACGUGGCGCAGCUGCUGGCCGACAAGCGCAACUACCAGGAGGUGGCUCAGGAGAGUCUUCGUACGGCACACGAGCAACGAUUAGCGCUAGAGGAGUCACUGGAGCGGCGCAGUCGUGAAGCGGCCGCGUUACAUCACCACAACUAUGCUCUGCGCCUCGCUGCUACCAACGCGUUGCAGGAGCUGCAGAAAUUAGCUGCACGUUGUGAUCGCAAGAUGUGUGCGGCGCGCCUCGCGGUCGCUGCUGCUGAAGAACGAGAGCAGCAGUUAAGAAAACACUUACCUCUUGCUUACUCGGUACAAAACGGCGAAGCGAAGAUGCUCGUAGUAAGCACGGAUAGCAAUAAGCUACAGGAGGCAAAGCGAGGUGGUUCGCUGGAGGAUGCCGUGCGAGCUCUACCUGACUAUAUUAAACUACUACUACCGCAGCAUCUGCUCAAUAAGGUUGGCAUCAAGUUAAUAUCUGCGGAAGGAAAGACAGCGAAAGAAUUUGAGCUUAUUUUGAAGCAAAACAACAUAUACAAUUUUAAUGAAAGAGAAAAACAACUAGCGGAAGAAGGUAGCGUUGGAGGCAGCGGAGAGAAGUCUGGUGAAUCAGACGUUUGCACUGAUGACGAGAAACAUUCAAGACUCAAUCAUGAUUCAAGUCAUGAAGUAGAAACUUUGAAUAGUGUAGAUGGUGAAAUUUGUCCGGAUAACAAUGCUAACUCCACCUACAGCGAACCAGACAUAAAAGAAGAUUCUCCAAGCAAGGGCGCCGUCGAGUACGCGAACAUCCUGCGCGUGAUGGCGGGGCUCAACGAGGAGAUCCGCGCGCUGCGCGAGCGCUUGAGCGCGUGCGCGGCCGAGAACGACAAGCUGCGCGACGUGCGCGACGAGCUGCUCGCCACGCAGCUGGAGCCGCGCGCGCCGCCCGCCGACGACGACGCCGCCGCCUGCCGCGCGCGCCUCGCCGAGCUGCAGGAGCAGCUAACUAGAGCGACCGCAGCGGAGGAGGCGAACGUAUCCGAGAUCCAACGGCUGAACGCUAGCACAGCGGAAAUGCAGGCCCAGCUGGCCUUCCGGCCUACACGUGCCGAUAUCGACGACCUCACCGACGUCAUCGGUAAACUCCGCGUAGAGCUACUGGAGCGCGAGGCUCAGAUCAACAGGCUCGAGUUCAUGCUUAGCGAGCGCCGUGCCACGGUAGACAAGGCCGUCGAGACGAGCUCCUCCCUGGAGAACCUUCGUGAUCUGGAUAUCGACGACAAGCAGAUAUCCGCCAAGAUCGACGAAAUGUUCAACAUCGACGACGACGACGACCACGACGAAGACGACGAUGAGAGCGAGUCAGCCGUCACCGAGAUCGAUAGAGAUGACGGCCCGCGGCCGGACGUCGAGAUCGGCGAAUAUGUGCGAUUGGACGACGAGCGGAGGCUCCAGGUGACGCUUCAGAACGGGUCGCUGCACGCGCUGGAGGAGGAGCUGGUGCGCGCCAAGGAGCGCUGGGCGGAGGUGUGCGCCGAGCGCGCGCGGCUGGCGGCGCAGCUGGCGCGCGCGCACGGCAAGCCGCGCCUCACGCUGGCGCGCGCCGGCGCGCUGGCGCUGCCCGUGCUGCUGGCCGCGCUCUGCUACCUGCUGCUGCCCUACCUGUCCUGA